AGCAGCUAGAGCUGGGGGAAAGGGGUUCUAGAAAAGACAGGAAGGCUGGGGAUGAAGGAGGGGGCGCUGAGAGAGGGCGCCGGACCGAGCGGAAGCUGCAGAGAGGCAUGUGGGCACCCGCGCCGCCGCCGCCACCACCUCCCACUGCCUGCUCCAGCUCUCGUCAGACACGGCCGCCGCGCCUCCCGUCUGCGCCGCCGGGCCCGCCCCACCACCGCAGCCGGAGCUCCCAUUGGUCGAAGCGGCCGCCGCUCCUCAGUGGCUGGGCGCUCUCGCCGCUCCCAUUGGCCGAGUCUCGCUCGUCCCCUCCCCGCCGGCCCUCCCGUCCCGGCCCCUACGAAACCCCGCUCCGCCCGCGCCGCUGCCAAGCGCCGCCGACGGCGGCUAAUGGCUCCAGUCGCUGUCCUUCCACCGCUGCCAUGGAGACUUGCCCCGCCCACUGCCCUGAGUCGACGGCCUCAUUGGCCGAGAGCGUCGUGGCUCCAGGCUAAACUCGGGUUUGGGUCAGGUUAUUCGGGUCCAAGCGGGGAGGGGGCGGGCCCUGCCGUCUCCAUUUCCCGCGUGUGAUUGGCCGGCCCUGGAACGGCUCGUCCUUCCAUAGGCUAAGGCCUCCGCCCGUCACCGCAGGAGUAGCGACCGGCCCAUUCUCUUUCCCCGGUGAAACCUUCGCAGACCGCGGGCAGAGAGCCGGGGCGGGCGCGGGGCUUGGGAGCGCGACGGCGCCUGGCCGACCCCGCUCGGCGGGCCGUUGCCGCGGCGACCAGAGUUUAUUGACAGCCCUGCCCGGCUCCCGAGGGCGCGUCGCUCCCGCUCUCUGCUCCACCGCCUUCGCCGCCGCGAGUGCCCCGGGCGAUUUCGCGAGCGCCCCGAGAGCUCUGCGGGCGAGCGGGUGGGGGAGGAACCUGGGAAGCGCGGCCUUUGGAGAGGGCUCCGCGGGGCGGCGCCUCCCGCCGUCCGGAUCCCCAAUCUGCUCCCACCCUGGAGGCGCACAUGAUCAGCAAUUCACCGCCGCUGCGCCCGGAAUAACGAGCUGCGCGCUCGGGGCCGGCGCUCUUUGUUUCGCGCGCCGCGUGUGUCUGGUGCGCCCGGAACAGGGCCCGGCACGGGGAGGGCGGCCCCACUGGGAACCGACCGAAUGAGCGCGAGGCGGGCGCGGACGGUGUCCGCGUCACUCUGUGGCGUCGGGUAGGCGGCUCGCCCUCUCUGGCCCUCGGGCUCGCGCUCGCCGGACUGGGACCACCCGGGCCCUCGCUGAGGGUUUCUCCUUAACACCCUCCUGGGUGUCUUCUAUCCGCGCUUCCAGCUUCCCUCCCCGCAUCUCUGCUUAUGUUGUUCCUUGCCCAGCCGGGACGACCCCCUACCCCAGCUCUGACACCGCUCCCCCCAACAGAGGUACCCCCCCCAACCCCCCAGUAGGGAUGGUCACAGCUCCAGAGGGCAGCAGCGGCCAGCAAGCAGAGAGGACUCUGAAAGCUUAGCUCUCUGGCAAAGUCCUAGUAGCGUGUCCUCAUCUUAGAGGCGCAGCCCUUCCAUCCGCGGGUCUCCGCCCUGGAUCAGCACCAGCAAAUGUGAGCAGAAGGAUAAGCUCCUAACGGUGUUGGUAGCGGUAAAAAAAACUGGAAACGGCUUAAAUGUCCAUCACAUGAAGAAUGGGUAAAUGGAUCGUGACACGUUCAUACAGGGGAGCACCAUACAGCAGUGGAAGGGAGUGAGCCGCGCUCCCUAUAUCCACCCGGACAACCCCAAAGCGUGUUGCUAGCUGCGGAUAUCUGCGUAGCGGAGCGCGAAGUCUUAAAACCCACAACACAAGGGUGGUGUGUGGAUGCGUGUUUUAAAUGCGUGUAAACAUGCAUCGGGCGACAAAAGGAGGAGCGGACCCGACCCAUGACCCCUGCAGGUGGAGGGGAAGGAAUGAAAUCAGGAAGCCACACGUGACAUUGGUAUUUGUACCUUUUUUUUUGGUAAGUCCAGAGGUGGAAACCAUGAGUUCACUAUAAACACUAUCUGUUGUUUUUCUCUCCGUCAAAAGAUUUCAUAAUAUGAAUAAAAAUUUGAC